AUGACCCACCAAGCACAUACAUACCACAUUGUAGACCCUAGUCCUUGACCUCUAACAGGCGCAAUUGCCGCUCUAAUAAUAACUUCCGGCCUAGCAAUAUGAUUCCAUAUAAAUCGUAUAAUACUACUAAACUUAGGAUUAUUUCUUAUACUCCUAACAGCAAUCCAAUGAUGACGAGAUAUUGUACGAGAAAGCACCUAUCAAGGCCACCAUACACCAUUAGUACAAAAAGGUAUACGCUAUGGUAUAAUUCUUUUCAUUAUCUCAGAAGUCUUUUUCUUUAUUGGAUUUUUCUGAGCAUUUUACCAUUCAAGUCUUGCACCAACACCAGAAUUAGGAGCCCAAUGACCCCCUUAUGGUAUCACACCACUAAAUCCAUUUGAAAUUCCUCUACUAAAUACAGCUGUCCUCCUCGCCUCUGGAGUUACAGUAACCUGAAGCCAUCACGCAAUCAUAGAAGGAAAACGAAUAGAAGCAACUCAAGCACUAUCUAUCACAAUUAGUCUGGGUUUAUAUUUUACACUUCUUCAAAUAUUUGAAUAUUAUGAAGCCCCAUUUACUAUUGCAGACAGCACAUACGGGUCAACUUUUUUUGUUGCAACAGGCUUUCACGGCUUACACGUUUUAAUUGGCACUACCUUUCUCACUAUUUGUCUUCUUCGACAAAUAAAUUAUCACUUUACAACAAGCCAUCACUUUGGCUUUGAAGCUGCCGCCUGAUACUGACACUUCGUAGAUGUAGUUUGACUUUUCCUGUAUUUAUCAAUUUAUUGAUGAGGCUCCU